AUCCGCAUGACCGACGCCUCGAACAACCAGAUCAGCCUCACCACCAACUUCCUUGAUGCCCUCGCACACGAGAAGCAGGCGGACCUCACCGCUACCCACGAGCUCCUCACGUCGCUCGCGCCCAAGCGACUUGCGGGGUUGGGCUUUGCGGUGCUCAACCUCUGCGUGGCAAACUUAAAGACGGGUAUGGGCGGCAAGCAGCUCAUCGAGCUCGAGCCGGAUAUGGCGUAUGCGAGUAGCGAUGCGAUUGAUACUCGCGGAGUCAAGGUGGGGGACAUUGUCCGACUUGACCGUCUCGGCAACGCCAGCGCCAAAGUAGAAAAGAAGCUUCGCGGGUCCUCAAAGGUGACUGACGGGCUUGUGGCGCUUUCACUCGAGCUGGGACUCGAGGGCGUCAUCUUGAAAAUGUCCGCGCGAAGCAUCACCGUGGCCGUAGAGGGCGACGAAGACAAGCUGUCAGAAAAGGCUCUCGCCUUGAUGAAUGAGCGGCUCUGGCUCGUCCAGAUCACAAACUCCAUCACGUACAAACGCAUGGAGGUGAUUUUGAGCAAACUUCGAUCCAUGAAGUGCUCGCUGUUGUAUCAGACGCUUCUCGGCGACGCGGCGUACAUCGCGCCGGGCGCGUCGCAGCACGCCGAGUCGCAGGCGAAUACGGUGUUUUUCAACGCAGGCUUGAACGAAUCCCAGCGUACGGCGAUCACGUUUGCGCUCUGCCUGCCGCUCACGAUCAUUCACGGACCGCCGGGCACGGGCAAGACUUACACCGUGAUCGAGCUUAUCCAGCAGUUGGUGGUGAACCAGGGUGAAAAGGUGCUUGUGUGCGGACCGUCAAAUGUGUCCGUGGACACGAUCCUUGAGCGGUUAAAUUCGACGCGACUCAUCCGCGCGAAUCGGCUUAUUCGCAUCGGGCACCCGGGCCGGUUGCUUCCGCUUAACUACCAACACUCGUUGGACAUCUUGGUCAAGUCGCCGUCCUCGGAUGAAGGUGCUAUCCUAAACGACAUUCGCGGCGAUAUCAACAAGAUUGUACGGGAAAUCGCCAAGACCAAAAAGUUCAAGCUGAAGCGAGAGAUGUUUGCCGAGUUGAAGAGUUUGCGGAGAGAGCUCCGCACGAAGGAGAAGAAGUUCGUAGACGAGUUGAUCGUUUCCAGCGACGUUGUGGUGAGCACUCUCCACGGCUCCGGGGCCAGAGAGCUACUCAGCGUGUAUGACGAAUCGGGAUUGGUGAACGGAAAGCCGCUCUUUGACACGCUUAUCAUUGAUGAGGUGUCGCAAGCGCUUGAACCGCAGUGUUGGAUUCCGCUCAUCAACCAUUUGGGGAUCAAAAAGGUGGUGAUUGCCGGGGAUAACAAGCAGUUACCGCCUACGGUGAAGACGGAGGACCAUCCGCGAUUCCAGAAGCUCCUCUCGCGGACCAUUUUCGACCGUCUCGUGGGAAUGUACGCGAGUGACGGGGAAGUUCCGUUCAAAAAGUUGUUGAGCAUCCAAUACCGCAUGAACGAAGUGAUUAUGGAGUUUUCCAACCAGCAGUUAUAUCACGGUAAGUUGACGGCAGGUCAGUCCGUGAAGCACCAUACACUUUGGGACUUGAAAAAGGGGGAGAUUCCUGUCGAAGGAAUAAAAGACUUGGUUAAUGAGGACCCAGACGAUCUGAAUGCCGACUUGAAACUUCCGUUCAUCUGGUACGACACCCAGGGGGGCGAUUUCCCCGAGCGAACCGACGACGACACGUCCCAGGUCUCCAAGGGGAGCAUUUUCGGGUCGUCCAAGUACAACGAAAGGGAGGCGGAAGUGGUUUUGGAGCAUGUGGCCCAGCUCGUGACGCACGGAAUUCCCCAGACGCUGAUUGGGGUUAUUUCGCCGUACAACGCACAGGUGGCGUAUUUGAAGUCGAUCGUGGCUGAACGGUUUCCGGACGUGGAGUUGUCAACAAUCGAUGGGUUCCAAGGGCGUGAAAAAGAGGCGGUUGUAAUUUCGUUGGUGCGCAGCAACGACAAGCACGAGGUGGGUUUCUUGAAGGACGAGCGGCGGUUGAACGUGGCACUUACACGGGCGAGGCGACAAUUGUGUGUGGUGGGAGACAUGGAGUGUUUGGCGCAAUCACGGAACGCGUUCUUGAAGGCGUUGGUGGAGUAUGCGGAGGAACAUGCGGAGGUGAGAUAUCCUUAAACCUGAGGGAGAAGCGAUGGGGUUUCUAGAGAGCCCUUCAGCAAAGUGAUAUUAGUAUAGACAGAAUAUUCAUGGUAAAUUAGGCCUUAAAAAUGGCAAUCUUGACACGGUAACCAGCCUUAGAUAAACUAACU